AUGACAACUCCCAAGCCAACUCUCCCACCAGCUGAGAUGACUUUCAAUCUACAAGCUGAGCAAAACAACACAGAUAAAAUUGAUCCCCAAAAGGCAGCAGAAAACUUGGACAAAGUGGAGUCGCUGGUGGAGCAGAUGGAAAAAAGCAAUAAAACCAAUGCAGCGAUUGUCAUGGGCGAUGUAAUUGGCGUUCUUCAAAGACAACCCAAGAACACAGCAACCAAAGACAUCAACAUAUGCUACUCUUCAAGUCAGAAUAUGAUAAACGUUGUUGAGAGCAACCAGGCUGGUUUUCCCUGGUCUGUAAAGAUUCCCAGUGAAGCCUUUGAUAAAUCACGACAGGAAAACAAUGGAAGUGCAUUUGUUGGAAUUCUACGUUUCAAAAACAUGGGAAAUAAGGAGGAAAGUAAAACUCACACUGUUUUAAACAGUGAGAGUUAUGGAAUAACAAUGGGGGCCAAUAUUUCCAACCUCUUCGACAAUAUUGACAUGAUCAUUAAAAAGAAAGAGAAUCUGAACGGAAAUGUGUCCUGCGUUUCUUGGAAUGGCAAAGGAGAACUUAAAUGGAAGACGUUUGGCUGUGAGACAGAAAUCGACAACACCUCCAUAAAGUGCUCCUGCUCACAUCUGACGUUCUUUGCAGUGCUGAUGUCUCUGCCAAAAGCAAACGACACAGUGCCACAUCUGGAAUCAUUGACUUUAAUCUCUUCUAUCGGCUGCGGCAUCUCCAUGUUUUUUAUGGCCAUCGCUUUAUUCAUGCAUUUCCUGCUACGGAAAGCCAAAUCAAAUCAGGCCACGAAGAUCUUGAUGAACAUGUUUGUGGCUUUGUGUCUACUGAAUGCCUCAUUUUUGUCAAACGAGAGCGUCGCUAACACACAAGACAACACUGCGUGCGUCUUCAUAGCGCUGCUCCUGCAUUACUCCAUGCUGGCCUCAUUCACCUGGUUCUUCAUUCAAGCUCUUCAUAUGUACUUAUGGCUCAUCAGACAGAACGUCACCAUCACAAACUACGUGAGGAAGAUCACUGUGUUGGGCUGGGUGUGUCCCGCUCCGAUAGUCGUAGUUAUCGUUUCUGUAGGAGGAUAUGAAGCAGUGAUCCUAAACAUGACGUCUGGAAAAAUCACACGAAUGUGCUGGAUUACAAAUUCUUACAUUCAUUACAUAGUGAACAUCGGCUACUACGCUUUAGUUUUCGUCUUCACGACAGGAAUCUUCAUCAUGAUUGUCACUAAAGUCGUUCAGGCCAGACACAUAAAAGCAGUUGACGGCAAGAGAAAGACGUUCAGAAAGCAGCUGAUGAUGGUGUUGAGUUUGUUCCUGCUCUUCGGUCUGACGUGGUCUGUGGCGUUCUUCAGUUAUGGACCGAUGCUCAUUCCCUCAUAUUACAUAUUCACUGUGCUGAACUCAUUACAGGGGUUUUUCCUCUUCCUGUAUUACUACCACAUUCACAAUGACGUUGCGGGUUGUUUCUCUGAUGAUCCAGAAAGCACCGUCUCCAGCACAACCAUCACUCAAUCCAGCACUAAUGCUGUGGAAAAUAUUUAUAACUAG